CUCAACGCUUAAUUAUAUUUUGCCCCUCCUCCAACUCAUAACGUCCAUAGUACCACUCAUAUAACAUAUUCCUCGAGGUACCCUCACUAGCCUUGAUUUUCUUGCAUGCAACAAGACCCUACUUUGGAAUUUCAUAAACUUUUGAUGUGCUUCGCUCCUAACUCUCCUAGUUCGUUCAGUUCACCAUGGAGCUUCUCAUUAUUCCAAUAAAUUUUCAAAGGGAUAUUAUAAAUGAGCUAUAAAUCUGUCUCUGACAUGGUCGAUGCUGACAAGAGAAAUCUACGCCAGCUGCUAGUGACUUGUCUCUGAAAGAGUUACGAGUUUUUUCUUUCUUCUAGUGUCAUGAAGAGAACAAAUGAUCAAUGGGCUUUUUCUCAUGAGGUUCCUAGUGAUAUCACUGUUCAAGUUGGUGAAGUUUCCUUUUCGUUACAUAAGUUUCCAUUAGUUUCCAAGAGUGGAUACAUAGGGAAACUCGUGUCAGAAUGCAAGGAUGAUGAUGGUUCUUCAUUCAUUGAACUCUACGAUGUCCCUGGUGGAGCAGAAGCAUUUGAACUUGUAACAAAGUUCUGCUACGGGGUAAACUUCGAAAUAAGUGUUGAAAACAUUGCCAUGCUUCUGUGCGUGGCAGAGUAUCUUGAGAUGACAGAGGAUUAUUGUGUUGGAAAUUUGGUGGGAAGGGCCGAUUCGUAUUUGAAUGAAGUGGCACUCAAGACUAUUUCAGGGGCUGUGUCUAUCUUACACGUGUCAGAACGCCUCCUUCCAAUUGCAGAGAAAACAAAAUUGUUGAGUCGAUGCAUAGAUGCUAUUGCGUUCAUAGCUUCCAAGGAGAGUCAAUUGUGUUCAUCUAUGAGAAGUGACAUUAGCAGUGAUGGCAUGGCUUCUAACCAAAGGCCAGUGGUUCAUUGGUGGGCUGAAGAUCUCACAGUUCUCCGAAUUGACAUAUUCCAAAGAGUUCUAAUUGCAAUGAUGGCACGAGGGUUUAAACAGUAUGCUCUUGGUCCUGUCAUAAUGCUCUAUGCACAGAAAUCUCUACGAGGUUUGGAGAUAUUUGGAAGGGGUAGGAAGAAGAUUGAAGUUGAAGCACAAGAAGUGCACGAGAAGAGGGUAGUUUUAGAGACACUAGUGAGCCUUCUGCCAAGGGAGAAGAAUGCAAUGUCAGUGAGCUUUCUUUCCAUGUUGCUUCGGGCAGCAAUAUAUCUCGAGACAACCAUUGCAUGCAGGCUUGAUUUGGAAAAGAGGAUGGCCCUGCAGUUAGGACAAGCCGUUUUAGAUGAUCUUCUCAUUCCUUCUUAUUCCUUCACCGGGGACACAUUGUUCGAUGUAGAUACAGUGCAUCGAAUCAUCAUGAAUUACCAGCAAUCUCAAAAUGAAAACCAUUCACCCUAUAGUGCAGAUGAUGAGUACUUUUCUCCUCCCCAAAGUGACAUUUAUCGGGUUGGAAAGUUAAUGGAGAACUACCUUGCUGAAAUAGCCACCGACAGAAAUUUAGCUGUUUCGAAAUUCAUCACUCUUGCUGAACUAAUUCCUGAACAAUCAAGAUCAACAGAAGAUGGGAUGUAUAGAGCCAUAGACAUCUAUCUUAAGGCUCAUCCUAUUCUGAGCGACAUGGAGAAGAAGAAAGUGUGCAGCGUGAUGGACUGCCAGAAGUUAUCACGUGAGGCAUGUGCACACGCUGCUCAAAACGACAGGCUUCCCGUGCAAACGGUGGUUCAAGUUCUCUCCUACGAACAGCAACGUCUUCGCGAUUCCAUGGACGACAACACUGUAGGUUGGGAUUCUUCAAAGUUUCGCGACAAGGCUAAUCCCGUGUCCAACGAGGUCUCCAUCUUACGAAGAGAAAACGAAGACCUGAAGCUAGAGAUAGUGAAACUGAAAAUGAAACUAAAAGAGAUUGAGAGAACUUCAAUUAGAUCAGCAUCAAGUAGUCCUGUGAUAUAUGCUUCUUCACCCUCCUCUGAUAAGCCUCCUCUGCCUCGAAAAUCAUUCAUGAACUCAGUGUCCAAAAAGCUAGGGCGUCUUUCUCCUUUCCCACGUGGCGGUGCUAACGCAACCCCUCUCAAAGGUCGCGUAAAGCCUGAUAAGAAUCGACGCCAUUCCAUAUCCUAA